GAUCGGACGCUCUACCACUAGACCACGGAGGCGGUCCCCUGCAAGAACACCCACUCCUAAAUUUACGUCAAGUUGCCUCGGCAGUUGACGGUUAGGUCACACACCAUUAGGUCACACUGCAAUAGGGAGAUCCGAGCAGUCGGUUACGAGACAGGUGAGUAACAAUACUAGAUUGCAAUAGAUUCAGACGGUGAUUCGUCCACACAAUAUCCUGUUGGCUUUGGACAGAACUCAAGUACCUCGGAGACUACAAUAAAAACGUGUGUUUCUGUGACAUGGCUUAGGGGACAUUUUUCCAAAUCUGGUGCUGUAAACAAGACUGUAAAAAGAAGACUAUGGACGAAAAGCACGGGAACACAAAGGACAAGUCAAGGCCACAAGUAUAUGCAAAUGCUGAUUUUGGAGAUGAACUGCAGGGAUUAAUGCGAUCUCUGCCCCUUGCCUUAGCUGGCAUUCGGGUAGAAGGAGCAUCUCCCUCCGUUGCUGUGUGUAGGUCCGUAGGACAUGCUCAGCAGGGAUUUAUACCACCUCCGCCCCCUGCCUUAGGACAUGCUCAGCAGGGAUUUAUACCACCUCCGCCCCCUGCCUUAGGACAUGUUCAGCAGGGAUUUAUACCACCUCCGCCCCCUGCCUUAGGACAUGCUCAGCAGGGAUUUAUACCACCUCCGCCCCCUGCCUUAGGACAUGUUCAGCAGGGAUUUAUACCACCUCCGCCCCCUGCCUUAGGACAUGUUCAGCAGGGAUUUAUACCACCUCCGCCCCCUGCCUUAGGUAUCCCGAGACCGAGACCGGAAGCGCCAGACGCUCCAACACCGAGACCGGAAGCGCCGGACGCUCUAAGACCGAGACCGGAAGCGCCAGACGCUCCAAGACCGAGACCGGAAGCGCCGGACGCUCUAAGACCGAGACCGGAAGCGCCAGACGCUCCAAGACCGAGACCGGAAGCGCCGGACGCUCUUAGACCGAGACCGGAAGCGCCAGACGCUCCAAGACCGAGACCGGAAGCGCCGGACGCUCUAAGACCGAGACCGGAAGCGCCAGACGCUCCAAGACCGAGACCGGAAGCGCCGGACGCUCUAAGACCGAGACCGGAAGCGCCAGAUGCUCCAAGACCGAGACCGGAAGCGCCGGACGCUCUAAGACCGAGACCGGAAGCCCCGGACGCUCCAAGACCGAGACCGGAAGAGCCGGACCCUCCAAGACCGAAAUCUCCGAAAACUGUGAAAGCAUGAAAUGAGAUACACCUUACUUUCUGCUUCACGCCCCGGAUCGCCAACUCAUCGGAACUGAAGGGCUUUGUGGCAACUGUAUAACUGUUAGAUUUACAAAAUGUAAUACCCCCUGUGGAUUUAGAUCAAGGCAGUUGUAUGUUAGUACUGAUUAGUUUACUGCCAGCGUUUCUAACUUGUGACUAUUCGCCCGUUGGACGUGUCUCACGCUGUGUGAGUUCAACUUGUAUCUGCUUACUCAAAGCCUCCAUGCUUUAGCUUUGCUUAUUUUUAGUGUUAAUGAAUCCUUAAACAAACAGACAUAUGUUUCAUUUAGUAAUUUUGGCACCAAGGCCCAAAGCAUAUCAACAUUUGUCACGUGAUGUACAUUAAUAGAUUUUAAAGUUACACUUUAAUACCCUGCUACAAGGGGGGAAAUGUAUACCAUAAACGAGUAUAUUUUUCACAUAUAAGUAAAACAUGGUUUUCAUCCUCUUCGCCUCCUUGUAAACAAUUUGUACAAACAGAAUAAAAUACCACCGUCUGUGAA